AAGAGGUUACGGCAAAACAAGCACAUGUGAGAAGUACAUCGUGAGACGCCGACAAUUACCUAUUUAUCUCAGUUUUCGUGAGGGGUGUGCGGUAUGGAAAAAACGGGCCACUACCCUCCACCGAACUUCGACUGCCCUCCGCCGAACUCCAUCCAACUGUCAUGGCCGCAGCAGCAACCGCCCCGUACAAACAACUUCCAUGCCAGCAUGUGGACUUGGAGUGAGGGACCCUCCGAGUCCGGCUGGUGGAACCACGGCGUAGCGACGGGAAACUCUGGGUCUCCAUAUUCAUAUGGACAGAGUUCUGGUCGUGAAUGGUAUCAAGCUGGAUGUCAAGGUUACAGACCAGCAGGAAACUGUGGAAAAAAGCAUCAAAACAAGCGAGAACCUGAGUUUUUGCAUUUUUGUGACACCUGUGACCGAGGUUUCAAAAACCGGCAGAAGUAUGAGGAGCACGUAGCUCAACAUGUCAAGUGUUCUGUGCCAGACUGCAGCUUCACGGCUCAUGAAAAAAUAGUCAGCAUCCAUUGGAAAAAUACCCAUGCACCAGGAAUGAAAAGAAUCAAGCUGGACACACCUGAAGAGAUUGCAAAGUGGAGAGAGGAAAGACGCAGGAACUAUCCAACUGCGGAGCAUGUUGAAAGAAAGAAAAAACUGAUGGCAGGGCGAGAGAGGACUGGAGCGGUUCUGGAGACGGCUCAGUUUGGACGAAUGAGAGGCAGAGGACGUGGGAGAGGAAACUGGCGUGGAAGAGGAAACUGGCGUGGGAGAGUUCAUCAUGGGUUCCGGGGGCAGCAUCCCAAAAGUCCGUUGGACAGUGGCGCUGCAGCAGAUAGACUGCCACCCCUCACACAGCCCGGCCGGGAUUGCGACCCACUGGGCGCGUUGGCCAAAAGUGACAAUGAUUCCGACAAAGACGAUGCAGCGGCUGACUCCAGGGGCGCUGGUCUCGUUGUGGUCCCGAAGCAGAUGAGCUCAGCUCUGGGGUCCCUUGUGGCCAACUACGGCUCCAUGAGUGAGAGUGAAAGUGAUGAUGGACCACACGUUUCCGGUAUGCAAAGAACCAAAGAACUGCUCCAAGAAAAGACGGUUUUGCUAAGCCAAGAAGUACAAGCAUCCGGGGCCUCCCAUGGCUGGUCUGCCCGGAAUACACCCAACAACCCAAGAGGACGAAGAGAGAGAGGAGGUAAAGGAGGAAGGCGCGGCCGGGGUGGACACAAUGACAUGCUGCAGAAACGGCAACCCACUCUCCUUGAAAUGCUCCUCGCCCCAGAUAUCCGCCAUGAGAGGAACGUCCUCCUGCAGUGUGUUCGAUAUGUGGUCCAAAACAACUUCUUUAAGCCAGAGGUCAAACCUCAAGUAAAGCCGGGGAUUGACAUGAGGCCAGAAGUUCUGAAUGGAAAGCCAUCAGUGGAAGGCUGGACUUUGUCUACCUCUUCGGUUGCUGGUGAGAGAUGUUCUGUCAACGGUGUGACCGCAUCUCACUUGAGCCGCCACUAG